AUUAAUUGUUGCUUUGGUACUUGAAGUUGAUUUGAAUUCCCCUGGUAUUAACACCAAUUGUUGUCAAUAGAUACAGAAAUUGUGACAUUUUUGGGCAAAAAAUACACACCAGUUAUUCUCUCGUGAUUCCACAUAAUACCACACUUGUUGGCUCCAAAUAGCACACGAAAGUUAACGACAUUGACACUUCAAGGGCAACAAUAGCUGUUAGCAACGAUGUCACAGGAAGAAUUCGUCAGAACACAGAUCUUUGGUACGGUCUUUGAGAUCACUAAUAGAUAUACAGAUCUCAAUCCAGUUGGGAUGGGGGCGUUUGGGUUGGUGUGCUCAGCCAGGGAUAAGCUUACAGACCAGAACGUUGCUAUUAAGAAGAUCAUGAAACCGUUUUCCACACCAGUGUUGGCUAAGAGAACGUACCGUGAGCUCAAGCUGUUAAAACAUCUACGCCAUGAGAACCUGAUCACCCUUGAGGAUAUAUUUCUAUCACCAUUGGAGGAUAUCUAUUUCGUCACGGAGUUACAAGGUACUGAUUUGCACCGUUUGUUAACGUCUCGUCCUCUUGAAAAGCAGUUCAUCCAGUACUUCCUCUAUCAGAUCAUUAGAGGGUUGAAGUAUGUCCACUCAGCCGGUGUCAUUCAUCGUGAUCUGAAACCUUCAAACAUCCUGAUCAAUGAGAACUGUGAUUUGAAGAUUUGCGAUUUCGGACUCGCAAGAGUCCAAGAUCCACAAAUGACCGGUUACGUAUCCACGAGAUACUACAGGGCUCCAGAAAUCAUGCUGACAUGGCAGAAAUAUGAUACAGAGGUGGACAUAUGGUCUGCUGGUUGUAUAUUUGCUGAAAUGAUUGAAGGUAAACCUCUGUUCCCAGGUAAAGAUCACGUCCACCAAUUCUCUAUAAUCACAGAACUGCUGGGAACACCACCAGCAGACGUUAUCGAUACAAUCGCUUCUGAAAACACCUUGAGAUUUGUCAAGUCAUUACCUCAUAGAGACCCUGUUCCAUUAACCGAGAGAUUUAAAGGUGUUGAGCCUGAAGCUAUAGACCUUUUGGAGAAGAUGCUCGUGUUUGACCCGAAGAAGAGAAUCACCGCUGCUGAGAUAUUGGAACAUCCGUAUCUGGCACCUUACCAUGACCCUUCGGAUGAGCCAGUAGCAGAGGAGAAGUUUGAUUGGAGUUUUAACGAUGCUGAGUUACCAAUUGACACUUGGAGAGUGAUGAUGUACUCUGAAAUUUUGGACUUCCACCAGGUGGAUAACAUGCAACAGUGAUGUGAAGAGAAGGGGAAAAGGAGGAAUUAAUGUGUUACUAUGUAGCUUAAAGCUUUCUUUUAACAACGAAC